AUGAACUUCAUUAAUGUCCAUGACAUCUUUCUUGAUUGCGAUCGCAAUUCUAUAAUUUAUCUUGGGAAGCCUGAUGGCCCAACAUGCCACACAGGUUCAGAGACAUCGAUGUUUGAUUUCUUGAAAGGUUCACAGGUUUUGAAAUAUAGGCUUCUAUUGACAAUUUUAUGUUCAUUGGAACCUACAAUCUCCACACGCAAAGCAGAAAUAGGAGCAACUGAAAAUGGGAAGUCAUCAAGGACCAAACGGCUGUUGUGUGACAACAAGUUGCUUUGCUCUAAAAUUCGGGAAGUGGCAGAUGAGUUAUGCAUAAUGUUAGAGGAGAAUGAGGAUAAGUCUCGCUCAGUUGCAGAGAUGGCAGAUGUGCUCUAUCAUGCCAUGGUACUACUUUCAGCUAAAGAUGCAACGAUGGAAGAGGUUCUUGAACUCCUUAGGCACAGAUUCUCUUAA